AUGGACCCCCGCACAGGACAAGAGCCCGUCAGGGUGAUCGGGGUUGUCUUGGGCAUCGGGCUGGCCCUGCUGAUCCAGGCCAGCUUUGGCUACACCUUCAUCCGCUGGUACCGGCGGGGCCACUGCCAGCGCCGGCCUGACUUUGUCUUCAGCCUCUACCACUCACGCGGGCUGGGCUCAGUGGCACUGGAGCUGGUGCCACCCUUCAGCAUCAGUGGCUCGCUGGGCACCUCGGGCAGUGGCUACGAGCCCUUCCACAGCCAGAGGCCGUGA